AUGAUUAAGGCAGCAAAGAAAACCAAUGUAGCAUCAACAUCAAAUGAUGCCUAUACACCACUUUACACCAAUGUUCCAGCAUUUAAUUGUAAUAUGUCACAAAUUGAAAAUUUUUGUAUAGAUAGAUUUAAUUUAUUAAAUGAAAUAUUAUCAUUAAAAGAUACAUCAUUGAAACAAGCAACAACAUCAGAUCAACAUGAUUUUUAUGAAUUAUCAAAAAAAUAUUUAGGUUCACAAAAAGAAGAAAUUUUUAAAAUUAAAGACGAACUAUCACAUUAUUGUCUUAGAAUUGCAAUGUGUGAUUCAGAGGAUAGAGAUUGGUUUAUAACAUCAGAAUUAGCAUUAUUAAAACAUAGAUUACCAAAUGACUUAACCCACUUUAUAACAACUUAUUCAGAUUUUGGUUGGUAUCCAGUAUCUGAAGAUGAAUAUAAACUAUUAGCAGACGAUUUAGAUUAUUUAGUUGUAAAAUCAAAUUUAAAAUUACAAGAUCCAAUCGGACCAACACAUUUUUAUAAAAUACCAUUUCAAGAUAUACCAAAUUUAAUCGAUUUAAAAAAAGUAAUUAUUAAGAAAGGAUAUGCAUUUGUUUUUAGAUCAAAUUUCAAAGAUUUAAUUGCAAAUACAUAUAAAAACUAUUUAGAAUUUGCAAUGGAUCGUGUAAAAAUCGAUAAGAAUCGUAUUAGAGAAGAGUUCCCAGAAUUGAUUCAAUUCUUUAAAACAUUACCAAGAGCUGGUGAAUUGGGAUUAAAUAAACAGUUCCUCAAAUCAACUCAAAUCAGAAAAGAGGAUGUCUUACCACUUUCAAAAUCAUCCUUCCCACUUUGUAUGAGAGUUAUGCACGACUCAUUAAUCGGCAAUGCCAAAUUAAAGCACGAAGGUAGAUUACAAUUCAGCACCUAUCUUAAAGGCAUCGGUUUACCAUUUGAAGAGGCAAUCCAAUUUUGGAAAAUGGCAUUCUCAAGAAGAGUUUCAAACAAUGAAUUCGAUAAAGAAUAUGCCUAUACAUUACGUCACACCUAUGGUUUAGAAGGUAAAGCCGUCAGCUACCAUCCAUACAGCUGCUCUAAAAUCAUCGCUAAAAUCCCUUCUGGUAUCGAUCAAGUACAUGGUUGUCCAUAUCUUUGGGACACUGAAAAGCUUGCUAAUAAACUUGAAGAAAUUGGUAUCUCUGAAUUUGAAAGAAUUCAAUUGAUUGAAUCUUCAAAAGUCCAACCAAACAUAGCUUGUACAAAACAUUUCAAUAUUUUACAUCCAAGUAAUAAUUUUUCAAAAGUUAUCUCUCAUCCAAAUCAAUUCUUUGAAGCCAGUCGUUUGUAUCACAAAAAACUUGAAGAUUCAAAAAAAAUUAAAAAAGAAGAAAAUGAAAAAGAUAAAUAA